AUGCCUAACGCUCCGCCCAAUUAUACCGAGCUGUUCCAGGAGCCGCUGACCGAGGAUGUGGAGUUACUGCUGGCUCGUUUCCAGCGCAUGGACUCCAUCAGGUACGAGGAUUUCUCCGCCCUCUGGAGGGACAUGCGCUUCUCCGACCUCUUCGUAGGGUUUGUCAACCCCAAAGAGCAGAAGAUGUUCAGCAGGAUCGCUCUGGCCACGGCCCUGAAAUACUUCCUUCCCCCGUACAACUACCAGAUCCGAGUGGGAGGUUUGUACCUGAUGUUCGGCUUCUACCACGCGCAGCAGGCCGAGCCCCCUCUGAAGAUCAGGCUGGCUCUGGGAGACUGGGAUUACGUCCAGAAGUUCCUGAGAGAUUCUGUGGAAGCGGGGCACCAUGACGUGGUUUACAUCUGCCGGCGGCUGCUGGCCACCAAAGCCGUCCACUUCACGGCCAUGCUGCACUUCCUCACCUUCCACAAGCUGCAGAAACCGAAGCAGCAGCAACCCGUCUGCUCGAGUUUCCUGAGCCGGGCCACGGCCGUGCACGACCUCAUGUGUGCAGACCUCCUGGACGAGCUGACCAACAUCCAGAGCCACUACGAGAAGGCGAAGGCGGCCACGGAGGGGGUGAUCAGCCAGGCCGACAUGAUCAAGAAAGACUUGGCCUCCUGUUUGAGCGACAGCAUGACUGAGUUCAUCACGUGGCAAGAGAAGACUUUCAUGUCACCGACCAGGAGAGAAAAGAAGGCUGAAGAAGAAGAAGAGGAUAAUGAAGAUCCCUGUGGUAACAGAGCCAGGCUCUUGUCUUCCCUCAAGCAGAAAAGCUUCAGCACCUUCCAGGAGGCCUCCAAGUCCAGGAGACACGUGCAGCCUGAGAGGGAGGACGACUCCGUGCUGGUCCCGGACACCUCGCAGGGCAGGAGGAGGAGGAAGCGGGCUCCGUCCCUGCGGACCCGGACCUGGGAGAACCUGGGGCUGACGCAGGAUAACAAGAAAAGCAAGAAAACCUGGCUCCUGAGUGUCCCCGAGCAUCCGAAGGGGAGAAAGGGGAUUUACCAGCCCUCCACCACUUAG